CACAGUGAGUUAAGGAAUAUGUACUGUCCUUAAAUACUAUUGCUGCGCUUUCAUUGGUUAUCUACUUUCUUAAUGUGACCAGUCUAAUCCAGUCUUGCCUGUUAAAGCCCUCCCCUCCCCCAGCCUCCCUUUGCUAGAGUGAGGUUUGCAGGGUGUCUGUUGCUAGAAACUGAUUACAUUCAGUAUAUGGGCAUCUUUCAUUCAAAAUGGACAUCCCUAUAGUUGAAUAGGCAGGAAAGCUUUUAGAAGUGCAUAAUUUGUCUGAAUCUCCUGAUUUCUAAAAGAGGGUCGACGAGAAAUGUUUGGAUUUUUGUGUGCUAGCAUCGACUCUUUUGCGGUUCAGAUCCUUAAGUUUCCUGGAGCUUAAAUAGAGAGCCCUUUAAAAAAAAAAAAAAAAAAAAAAAAGCAGAAGCCAGAAGAAUUUGUCUAGUUAAAGUCGACCUCUUUUUAAGAAGUGCUUCAUCAUCCCAUACUACUCCACCUCUUCGUGAUGUUUCUCUGCAGCUCUCUGUAGGUUAGGGGUCUGGGUUGCUAGCAGAAUGCUCAUUUUUAUGAGCUGAGUACAGUUCAUCGACAGACAUAGAUCAAUAUAGGUCUUUCUUUCCUGUGAAUUCCAAAAUGCCAUCCAAAGAAUCUUGGUCAGGGAGGAAAACGAAUAGACCUGCAGUUCACAAAUCAAAGCGAGAGAGCCGCCAGCAAGAUGUAUUGAUAGCAGCCCUGGGAAUGAAACUGGGUUCUCAAAAGUCAUCUGUGACAAUUUGGCAACCUCUUAAACUCUUUGCUUAUUCGCAGUUGACAUCCCUCGUUAGAAGAGCAACUCUGAAGGAAAAUGAGCAGAUUCCGAAAUAUGAAAAGGUUCAUAAUUUCAAGGUCCAUACGUUCAGAGGUCCACACUGGUGUGAAUACUGUGCCAACUUUAUGUGGGGUCUCAUUGCUCAGGGAGUGAAAUGUGCAGAUUGUGGUUUAAAUGUUCAUAAGCAGUGUUCCAAGAUGGUCCCCAAUGACUGCAAACCAGACCUGAAGCAUGUCAAAAAGGUGUAUAGCUGUGACCUUACAACACUAGUAAAAGCACAUAUCACUAAAAGGCCAAUGGUGGUUGACAUGUGCAUUCGAGAAAUUGAAUCUAGAGGUCUUAACUCUGAAGGACUGUAUAGAGUCUCAGGAUUUAGUGAUCUUAUCGAAGAUGUAAAGAUGGCGUUUGACAGAGAUGGUGAAAAGGCGGACAUUUCUGUGAACAUGUAUGAAGAUAUCAAUAUCAUCACUGGAGCUCUUAAACUGUACUUCAGGGAUUUGCCAAUACCACUCAUCACAUAUGAUGCCUACCCCAAAUUUAUAGACUCUGCAAAGACUUUGGAUCCUGAUGAACAGCUGGAAACUCUUCAUGAAGCAUUGAAACUACUGCCGCCUGCACACUGUGAAACGCUCCGGUAUCUCAUGGCACAUUUAAAGAGGGUAACUCUUCACGAAAAGGAGAACCUCAUGAAUGCCGAGAAUCUUGGAAUUGUCUUUGGACCCACCCUCAUGAGAUCCCCGGAACUAGAUGCAAUGGCAGCCUUGAACGAUAUACGGUAUCAGAGACUGGUGGUGGAGAUGCUUAUCAAAAAUGAAGACAUUUUAUUUUGAAUUUUUCCUUUUUUGCAUAAAGAGAAGAGAGCUAUGUUCUACAGAUGAAGGAAUGUUUUAUAGUCAUUUAAUUGGCUCUUCUAGCUGAAUUAUUUCUUGAUUAGAGCUUUGGGUAUGCACCAGAUAAAAAUGAAGGAAUCUUAUGUUGUUUGUGUAGUGCCACUCAGCUGUCCUUGUCCAACAAUUAAUGCCUAAGCUCCAGUACUAGUAAUCCUGGGUGUUUAUCAUGUUAAAGAAAACUCAAGCUAUUGCAUGAUUGGCUCCCUUUUGGGAUAGAUCUCUAUACUAAAGAAACAACAAAACAACACAGCUUCUUCAUCCUGGAUAGUCUGUGGUUGUAAUUCAGCAUGUUUCUCAGCGUAAACCUGUUGUGAUUUCGCUUUUAUGUUCUAGGUCAUUAGUUUCUGAUACUUACAAAAAAAAAUAUGGUUGAAACAGUACCUUGGGCUCACGCAUUGCCAUUUCCUAUUAUCAUUUGCCAACUAUUAUUGAGUGGUUUAUUUCUGGUUUCUCUCAGCUCUUCUAUCAUGUAGUACGUUGUUUCCAACAAGAAAAAAAUGUGUUUUUUGAUUGUUACUUUAAGCAGUUAUCCAUGCCAAUAAAAUGUACAACACUGA